ACUGAAAGCCACUCCUAGCUUCCUGGCACCAUCGCACCAGCCAUGGCGAGAUCCGGUGUCUUCAUCCCUCUGCUUGUCCUCUUCCUUCUCCCUCAAGUCUCUCCUGACUGCUACACUGGUACAGCUGAGGAUUGCGAGGAGACCAUGGCCUUCGUCCCCGCGCACAGCUUGGUGGGGGAGGGCAUCGACGUGACUACUUUGGAGUGGACGGGGGCCAAUCUGGUGGACACCAGCCUGUGGCGCCGCCCAAAUGGCACCUGCACCCUCUGUGAGAACCGGCUGCAGGGACGGCAGAAGCAGAGGCUGCCGCUGGCCGUGGUGGACUGGAGGGUCCAGAUCGCAUGCAACCGGGAGUUCAGCAGCUCAGUGGAAGAGUCAGCCGCAGCCGUGGGCCGGGCACUGGCGUUGGAUGUGAACAACGACUGGAUGUCAGAGCUGGAGCUGCUAGCGGAUUCCCACGGCCCGGCCUUGGGGGGGUCCAAAUCCCAGCUCACCAGCUACGCUUACCAGAAGGAGCUGCAGGACAAGUACAUGUUCGUGCGCCAAGAGGUGCCCUGUGUGUAUUACAGGUUGAGACUCACUCCACACCCCACACUGACGCCCCAGUUCUUCCAGGCCCUGAGCAGCCUCCCAUCUAGCUACGACUCAGCAAUAUACCGGCCCUUUCUGGCCACGUACGGUACCCACUACGUGAGGCAGGCAGACCUGGGGGGGCAUGUGCGGCAGUUGAUAGCCAUCCAGACGUGCCGGGCAGCGCUGGAUGGGCUGACAGCCACCGAAAUCAAGGCACACCUCGACUUACAGUUCUUGCAAGACCUGGGCCUGAGCAAGCAGGGCAGCGAGGGCCAGGGGAUCUCCCAGGCGCCCUACAUGGAGAAGCGCAUGAAGGUGACAGGUGGCCACAGUUACUCCAAGCAGCUCUUCUCCACCAAGCAAGAUGCCAACUCCUUCUCAGCCUGGAUGGAGAGCCUCAAAGCCAGCCCCGACCUGGUCUCCUACUCUCUGAUGCCCAUCUACACUUUGAUGAGACCAGGCGACCGCAGGCGGGAGGCGCUGAAGCAGGCAGUGAAGGAGUACGUGGCUGAGCGGGGACACAAGAAGAGUUGCCCUCGUAGCUGCCCACAAGGGAGUCAGGUCGACUCCAAGGACCCCUGCAAAUGCUACUGCUCCGGCAACCCCCUCACCGACUCCGUGUGCUGUUCACUCAAGCGGGGCACGGCCCGGCUGAAGGUCCAUGUGCUGCAGGGCACAGACCUGUGGGGAGACACCCUGUCCGCCACUGAUGCCUACGUCAAGGUCUUCUUCCAAGGGCAGAUCAUGGAGACGAGCCUCAUUCGUGAGAAUAACAACCCCAUAUGGUCACAAGACCUGGACUUCGGACCGGUGACGCUGCCGCUGAAGCCUGAAUUGAAAAUUGAAGUAUGGGACAAGGACCUAUGGAAGGACGAAUACCUGGGCGUCUGCACAACCUACCUUGAGGUCGGCAGGAGCGAGACGCUCACCUGCAGCCUUGAACACGGCCUCGUGUUGUAUUCCUACACGCUGGAGUGCGGGCCCAACCUGGGGGGCAAAAACUGCCAUGAGUACGUGCCUGUGAGAGGCUAA